AUGCACUCUCUCCUACCUAUCAUCCUGGCGGCCUCCACGGUCAGUGCCAGCCCCUACCAUGCCAACAGAGAACUGUUUGCAGAUCUCCGCAACACACCUGUCCUCGCAACACGGUCAACAUCCCUCCUGGGAGACCUUCUGAACGAGGCGUCAAGCACUCUCAGUGCAGUGGGCGCCGAGAUCUCUUCCAUCCUCACGGGCGUCCUGGACGCCCUCGCAGACGGCGAUAACUACACGCCACCCGGCGAUAUCGACUCGCCCGAGUGCGCAGCAGACACCUGCUGCAAGUGGAGCCACAUCGUCUCCGACAUCCGCGGCAGCUUCUCGGACGGCGACGGGUGCACCGCGUCGGCCCGUGGCGCCAUCCGGCUAGGCUUCCACGACGCGGCGGCCUGGCAGUCCUCGCUCUCGAGCGGCGGCGCCGACGGGAGCGUGGUCCUCAACGCCGACGAGCUGGCCCGGACAGAGAACCGCGGGCUGCAGGACAUCGCGGCGCAGACCAAGACGUGGUUCGACCAGUACAAGCAGUACAACAUCACCAUGGCGGACCUGAUCCAGAUGAACGCCAUCGCCGCGACGGCGGCGUGCCCCGGCGGCCCGCGCAUCAAGGCCUACGUGGGUCGCGUGGACAGCGACGCACUGCCGCCCGCGGGCCUCAUCCCCAGCCCCUUUGCCGACGCGCAGACCAACAUCGCGCUGUUCGAGGCAAAGACCUUUACCGCCGCCGACCUGGUCGCCCUCAUCGGCGCGCACACCGUCAGCCAGCAGAACUUUGUCGACCCGUCGCAGGCCGGCAAGAGCCAGGACACGACGGACAGCGUGUGGGACAACAACUACUACGGCGAGACGGCGAGCCCCGACACCCCGGAUGGGGUGUUCAAGUUCCAGAGCGAUAUCAGCCUGUCCAAUGACUCUGAGACGUCUGGGACGUGGCAGACGUUUGCGAAGGACCAGGGCGCUUGGGAGGCGGCAUACGCACCUGCAUAUUUCAGAAUGAGUCUCCUGGGAGUUAACAACCUGAACGAGUUGACGGACUGCUCUCAGGUGGUGUGA